AUUAAACUUCAUAAAGUUCAAUCAAAAAAUUUUCAUUCAUUUCUAAAUUUUCAGCCCUUUUAGCUGUAUCUAAAUUUCAAGUGAACUUAUUUUCUUUAAAAAGUUAAAAAAAAUUUAAAAAACACGUCUCAAAAUGUGCGACCCUUGCUGCUCUCCCUGCGGACCGUGUCCAUCGCCUUGUGGCCCUUGUGGGCCGUGCGGGCCCUGUAGCCCCUGCGAUCCCUGCUGUGCACCGUUUGAGUGCUCGCCAAAAUGUUAUACAGGCGCCCAUUUGGACGCGCUACCGCAGUGUGCGCCACGCGUACCUCCGCCAUGCCCGAAAUGCAUAACAGUACAACAACCGCCACGACUCAUCUGUCGCAAGCGCGUCGUCUUCAAUGAGAAAAUAGUACCGGAACCGAUGGUUGUUAAUCGUUGUCGCCAAAUAACUAUACCCAAAGUUGUGGAUACAACACGUGUCAUAAAAGUACCCAAAUUAACGUGGGUCUCACAGAUGGUCCGUGAGCCAAGGGUCAUUUACUAUCCAUCGAUGGUGCCCGAUCCCUAUGUGGUUUGCUAUCCGAAACGUAUAUGCGAACCGCGCGAAGUAUGCCAAGCGAUAUUAUGCCAGCCGAAGCCGCAAACAGUUGAUAUACCGCCGCCACGUGAAUAUUGUUGCUAUCCCACCGGACCGAUUAAUUACAAGCCAAGUGUAGCAUGUCCACCAUGUCCCAUGGGACCGUGUUCACCGUGCGGACCUUGCGGUGCAUUGCCAUGCUUUUCAACCAAUCAAUAUCCGAUUUGUGAACCGAACGGAUGCUUCCCGUGCAAGCCGUCAGGUCCUUGCGGUCCUUGUGGACCUUGCUCACCGUGCCGCGGACCUUGCGGCCCUUGUGGACCUUGUGGCCCUUGCGGACCUUGCAGCCCUUGCGGACCUUGUGGACCAUGUGGACCAUGCGGACCAUGUGGACCUUGCGGACCUUGUGGACCUUGCGGUACAUCUUGCUUCGUACCAAAUUGUGCACCAUGUGGACCUUGUGGUAUGCCUCCCGGCUGCUUUGGUCCCGGCGGUGGAGGCGCUUGUGGUCCAUACGAGGCGGCCGAUGAUGAAACGGCAUUCGCAUGUCCGACAACGUCAGCGAACGGUUCUUGCGGACCAUAAGCGUUUUACGCACGCCAUUUAAAUUUUGUGGCCCAUUGAGACCACAGAAAGCAAUUUAUGCAAACCAAACAAACUUUUAUAGUAUUAAGACGAAUGUUUUAGAAAUAAUUAAUUUUGAUAUAAAUAACUUUUGAGAAUCGUUCACGUACCAACUAUACAUACAAGCUUGAUAUGAGAUUAUAUAUUUCGGAUCAAAAUUUUACUUAGCCACUAUCAAGUCUAAUGAGUGCCAUUUGUUCUCUUCUCUUCCCCGCACACACACGCACACUGUUUUCCCUUCUUUUUCCUCUCUUUUUUUCUUGUACUCCACACACUUCACAUAUUUUAGCCUAGAGCGUGUCGUAGUCGCGAAUUACGUUGUGGAAUUAUGUACACUACCUGCGACUGUAUCAAAAGAAAUGGCUUGCAAGACAGAUGUCCGCGAUCGCUUUGCCAGGGGCGAGCUGCAUGUAUGUGCUUCCCCGUUCCAAAUUGCUGUCCAGCCUCGUUUCCACUGCGCUAUGCCAAUAUGACAAUGGGUGUGAAUAAUAGACGAAUGCGUUGCAAGGAAACCGCCGCAUUAUGUGCGCGAGCCUGUGGUGGUUGUGCACCGUGUGGCCCAUCAUGUGGACCCUGUGGUCCUUGUGGUCCUUGUGGGCCGUCAUGUUCUCCAUGUUGUGAUACUGCUUGUUGUGGUGCAUCGAAUCCACCAUGUGGUGCACCAGCUCCGAUACCAUGUCCACCGGCACCAGGCUGUUGUCCACCAAUUGUGGAAGCUGGUGUCCCAAAUCCGUGUGUGUGGAAUUGUAAUAAUACGCCGCCUACAUAUCCAUGUGGUUUUUAAAUAUUAUUCUAAGGAAGGAAGCUAAGGCAGAUUACUUUUACGAUUGUUAAAGGAUAAUGACAGCAAAACAUUAUUGUUGUUGUGUAAUGAAUCCAAUACUCGCGAAGGCAUCGAAAUGGAAACGAUGUGGACGCUGCAGUCCCAUUAAAAAUGUAUGUUAUAUAUGAAAAAUUCCACAAAUACGAAAGAUUCCAAUCAGAACACGUUAACAUAAAAUGCGUACGCAAAGAAAAAAGUACGAUGUAAAAUGAAGAAAAUACCGAAAGAGAGCAAGAAAAAAAGGAAGUGAGGAGUUUCAUUAAAUUCAGUGCGAGACAUCCUUUUCACGUAUAAGUACUUUGACAAACUUUCGAACAUUUUUGUUUUUCUAUUUUAAUAAAAGCUUGGUAGUGGCUAUUUUUAUUAAAACUCUAA